AAGGGACACACCGUCGCAGGCGCUUCUCUGCUGCCCGCCCCUCGCCUCACACCUGACUCUUUCUGCAGGGCAUACAACUCAGCGGAUUAUGACUACCUGCAAGUCUCCCUGGAGGUGAAGGAGCUGUUUCAGUACAUCCGAAGGUAUUCGGCACAAAUGAUUGACCUGGAGCACAAGCUGAAACCUUUCAUCCCAGACUUCAUUCCUGCUGUCGGAGAUAUUGACGCUUUCUUGAAGGUCCCACGCCCUGAUGGGAAACCAGACAAUCUCGGCUUGCUGGUGUUGGAUGAACCCUCAACCAAGCAGUCUGAUCCCACCGUGCUUUCUCUCUGGCUAACAGAAAAUUCCAAGCAGCACAACGUGGCUCAGCAGGUUAAAGUGAAGAGCCUCGAGAACGCAGAGAAGAACCCCAAAGCCAUCGACAGUUGGAUUGAGAGCAUCAGCGAGCUCCACCGUUGCAAGCCCCCAGCCACGGUGCACUAUGCCAGGCCCAUGCCUGACAUAGAAACUCUGAUGCAGGAGUGGUCCCCUGAGUUUGAAGAGCUGCUGGGAAAGGUGAGCCUUCCCACCGCAGACGCAGACUGCAGCCUUGCUAAAUACGCGGACAUGAUCUGUGCUAUUUUGGACAUUCCUGUUUACAAGGACCACAUCCAGCCACUGCACACACUCUUCUUGCUCUACUCAGAAUUCAAAAAUUCACAGCAUUUCAAAGUGCUGGCUGAGGGCAAGAAAACCGCUAGCCCUCCCUCCAACCCCCCCUCACAGGCUGGGGAGUCGGACUUCCUGAGCUUCACCUGAGGCCCCCACUGGCCCCUGGAAGGAGAGGAGCUGCCUGCCAGAGACACCGCCGCUCCAGAGGUCUCCUCGUGCAGGCAGGGGCAGCAGCGUCUUCCUGGUUUCCACCGGGCCAAUCUGCUUGGGCCACAAAAGAGGCCAGUGGAGAACAACAGCAACCCCUGCAUCUCCUGUGCAGGCGGCCGGUCAUGGGCCACUUGCAACCCCCCUCUGAGGAUGUGGCCACCCAAAUGCCUUCCUUGUAUGGUUUUUUAAAAAGAGGAUUCUUCAAUAAAAUAUUGGCCGUGGUGGUACUUUA